AUGGAUUUAAAUGAAGAAUUAUUAAAAUUUUCAUUACUUGGAUUAACAGACAAUACCAUAAAUAAUGGAAGUAAUGAUAAUAACAAUAAUAACGAUUCAAAUUUUAAACUUCCUUAUCUUCAAACAUAUUUUGAUUGGUAUUCUAGUCAAUUAAUUAAAGGAGUACCAUAUGAUGAUGCAAUAUAUAAUAAUUUUGUAGAUUGUUGGAAAGUCCUUGCUUAUUAUAGAAAUAUUCAACUUUCAGCUGCUUAUGCUAAUGCUGAAUUAGAGGCAAUGGGUUUUUUAUCAUUAGCAAAUGCUCUUGCUAUGUCUCAACAAAUAAAUCAAUUUUAUCAAAAUCAACAAAAUAUGUUAAAUAAUUCAGUUACACAAGGAACAGAUGUUGAAAAUAAUUUAAAUGAAGAUGUUAGCCUUCCAAAUAUUAAUGAAGAAGGAUGGUGUAGAAAUAAAAAAUAUAUUGAAAAAAUAGAUGAUAAUUAUAUGUGUAAAAUUUGUAAGAAACAAUAUAGCCGAUAUAAUUCUGUUUCUUAUCAUGUCACAACAUAUCAUAGAAAUCCAAAAAUUGAAUGUAAUGAACCUGGAUGUAAAUUUAGUACUCGUGAGGCGAGAUACAUUCAUUUUCAUAAAUAUUAUCGCCAUAAUAUACCUCUUCCAGAUAGUGUAGAUUUGGCUAAUUUAACUUGUCACUACUGUGGACAUGUAGCAAAAUCACCAAAAAUGGUAGAAAAACAUUUAAGAAAACAUGAUGGUGAAAUCAAAAAAAUACCUGAACAAGAUUCUCCAUUAAAUAAUGAUAUUAAUAAUGAAAGAAAAAAUAGUUAUAAUUUUAAAGUUAUUACAUAA